AUGAAUAGUGAAAUUUCUAGUGAAGUAACUAGUGGAAAUGAAAAGGAAAAUAUAUUCAAUAAAGCACCUACUGAAAGUAAAGAUUCAGAUAUUGAGAAUGAUGAAUAUGAAAGGCAAAUAAUAAAAAGUAGACCAUGCCAUCCAAUUUGGAAUUACUUUUCAUGGAGUAAAGAUUAUAAAAAUGUUGAGCAAAAAUGGGGGAUUAAAGUUAGUGUAUCUACAAUUACAAGAGUUUUACAAACCAAAGAUGAACGUCUUACGACAGAAAUAAAAAAUCUGAAUGCAAAACGGCACAAACCUGUUACAUUUCCAGAAUUAGAACUUGCUCUUAAAGAAUUUAUACUUGUUUAUCAAAAUAAAACCAUUUUGAGUGAAGCAUUAAUCGUUGAAAAAGCCAAAUUAUUGGCAAAAGGAUUUAAUAUUUCAGAAAAUGAGUUAAAAUUUUCUAACGGAUGGCUUCAGAAAUUUAAAGAUCGUAAUGGAAUUCACCAAGUAUUACUUUAUGGGGAAUCAGCAUCUGCUGAUGAUGAUGCCAUUGCAGCAUCUUUACCAAUUUUGCAAGAUAAAUGUAACCAGAACGAUGACCCAGUGCGUGAUCAGCUUAUUGAUGUACUUGAUUCCUUUUCUUUUUCUAACGCAAUGGGAGUUGAUGAAUUUUUAACUAUUCUGGAUGAAGAUAUUAUCUAUGAUAUUUCUAAUGACCAAAUUAUUGAGGAACUUGUUAGUAUGUUUAAUCCUGAUGAUUCAAAUGAAAUAGAGAAUGAAGACGAAAUAGAUGACAGUAUUGAAACUCCAAUUAUUAGUGCUACUGCAGCAUUAGAAAAUUUAAAAAAUAUUCGGUUGUUUUUACUUCAGCAGGAGGAAUCAAAUGAGCAGUUAAAACUAGUAGAUAAUCUUGAAAAAUUUACUAGAAAAAAAAGAAAUAGUUUGAUGUCACAAACUAGCAUAGAUAUGUAUUUUAAAUAA